AAUGCCGGCUAAACAGGUACAGGGGCGUGGCCUUGGUGUGACCGUCAACACGCAUGGGAUCUUCCGAGCAUUUUUUCCCGUAACGGGUGGGAUUGAAGCUGGUUGACAAUCAAUCAGCUUGAAUCAACAACACUAGUAGCAGCCAUGAGUCUUCCCACGAGGCGGUUGGCCUCAGCCGCUCCCUCGACACUUCAAGCCAUCACCCGACCGAUCCCUCGAUCCUUUAUCCUACCCAUUCGACCAGUCACCCAGGUCCGAAGCAAAUGGACUCUCGGCAGUAUAUUUGGCAGCCGUCGCGGCAGGCGAGCCCAAGCUUCCGAUGACAUGAUGGGCGAGAACCUCGAUGACCCCAAGGUCCGCGAACGCUUUGCCGAGUCACAGCAGCCCAAGAUGUCUAGCUCAAUCUUCGAGGAGGAAGUCGACGAUGUCGUCGCGGACAGCAAAAAGGGCGGCUCCAAGGCUCAAGCUGCCCAAGCGUCGGUGAAGACACCAGAGACGAUGGCGUGGCGCCUCGACCCCGAUCCGCGAAGUCGUCUCCGCUGGGAGAGAAAGAAGGUUAUCCAGAUGGUCCGCAAGAACGGCCACGUCACCCGUGAGGAGCGUAUCGCACAGACUGAGAAGAAGCUGUCUCACAAGAGCCCCUUUUUGGAGACCAGCGUCAAGAAGCUCGUGCAUCUGGCGCGCCAGAUCCAGGGCAAGUCCCUUGAAGAGGCCGUUUUGCAGAUGUCGUACUCCAAGAAGAAGAUGGCGGCCGAAGUCAAGUACCAGCUGGAGGAGGCCAGAGAUUUGGCUGUUGUCACCCGUCGCAUGGGCAUCGGUCGCGUCGCCACCAAUGUGCAGCCCAUUAAAAUCCAGACCAAGGAAGGCAAGACCAUGACCAUCACAGACCCGACAAGACUCUAUGUUGCUGAAGCCUGGGUUGGUCGAGGACCUUGGAGGGCCAAGGAGCUUGAUUACAAGGGCAGAGGCAGAUUCGGCAUUAUGCAGUCGCCCUCAACCAGCAUUUCAAUCGUCUUGAAGGAGGAAAAAACGAGAAUACGAGAGCAUACGGAGAAGUUGGCUAAACAGGCGAGGAGAAAGCCCUGGGUGCAUUUGCCUGACCGGCCAGUGACGGCUCAGAGACCCUACUACUCAUGGUAAAGACACAAAGGUCACGAAUGGAAGACACGUAACUGGAAGUACUUGGGAUACCAUCUUGUAACACACUCAAAACCUGUAAGAAUAUGUACAAUGAAAAGCUGUCAUAGAGUCCUUUACGCC